CCUCCCGGGGCCCGUCCCAGGGAGGUCCACGCGGGGCGCGUAACAGAUGCUCCUCCGGGUGGUUGGGGCUGCGCUGACUCCUCUCCUCGGUUCUCCCCGGCUUGCUGCGGUAGCCGCCAUGAGCACUGGCACCUUCGUGGAGAAGCAGCCGCUCAACUACCGCGGCGGGGCCCGCGUGGAGCCGGUGGACGCCUCCGGCACUGAGAAGGCGUUUGAGCCGGCUACAGGCCGAGUUAUAGCUACUUUCACAUGUUCGGGAGAAAAGGAAGUAAGUUUGGCUGUUGAAAAUGCAAAGGCUGCCUUCAAAAUAUGGAGUAAAAAAUGUGGGAGGGAGCGUUGCCAAGUCCUUUUAGAGGCUGCCCGAAUAAUAAAGGAGCGGAAAGAUGAAAUUGCGACUGUGGAGACCAUCAACAAUGGCAAGUCCAUCUUUGAGGCCCGACUAGACGUUGACACUUGCUGGCAGUGCCUGGAGUAUUAUGCAGGUCUGGCUGCAUCCAUGGCAGGUGAACACAUCCAGCUUCCGGAAGGGUCCUUUGGCUACACCAGAAGAGAACCACUUGGGGUGUGUGUGGGGAUUGGAGCAUGGAACUAUCCCUUCCAGAUUGCCUGUUGGAAGUCAGCUCCAGCUUUGGCCUGUGGUAAUGCCAUGAUCUUUAAGCCUUCUCCCUUUACCCCUGUGUCUGCUUUGCUCCUGGCUGAGAUCUACACCCAAGCUGGCAUGCCUCCUGGGCUCUUCAAUGUGGUGCAAGGUGGGGCUGCCACAGGCCAGUUUCUGUGUCAGCAUCAAGAUGUGGCCAAGGUCUCCUUUACUGGAAGUGUGCCCACUGGCAUGAAGAUCAUGGAGAUGUCAGCCAAAGGAAUCAAACCUGUUACCUUGGAACUUGGGGGCAAAUCUCCUCUCAUCAUCUUCUCAGAUUGUAAUAUGGAGAAUGCUGUGAAGGGGGCACUGAUGGCCAACUUCCUCACGCAAGGCCAGGUUUGCUGUAAUGGCACAAGAGUAUUUGUGCAAAAGGAAAUUAUUGAUAAAUUUACAAAAGAGGUUGUGAAGCAGACCCAAAAGAUAAAACUUGGAGACCCCCUCCUGGAAGAUACAAGGAUGGGUCCGCUCAUCAACCGCCCACAUCUGGAGCGAGUCCUUGGGUUUGUUAAAUUGGCAAAGGAGCAGGGUGCUAGUGUGCUGUGUGGUGGAGAUCUGUAUGUACCCAAGGAUCCCAAAUUAAAAGAAGGAUAUUACAUGACACCUUGCAUUUUAACUAAUUGCAGAGAUGAUAUGACCUGUGUGAGAGAGGAGAUCUUUGGGCCAGUUAUGUCCAUUUUAUCAUUUGACACUGAAGCCGAAGUUCUGGAGCGGGCCAACGAUACCACUUUUGGACUAGCAGCUGGUGUCUUUACCAGGGAUAUCCAGCGGGCUCACAGGGUGGCAGCCGAGCUUCAGGCUGGAACCUGCUACAUUAACAACUAUAAUGUCAGCCCAGUGGAGUUGCCUUUUGGUGGAUAUAAGAAGUCAGGAUUUGGCAGAGAAAAUGGCCGGGUGACGAUUGAGUAUUAUUCACAGCUGAAGACGGUGUGCGUGGAGAUGGGCAAUGUGGAAUCUGUUUUUUGAAAACGUGCGGUGGAGCCUGUACCUGUGGCCAGGCUGUGGAAUGAGUGGACUGUUGUGAUGGUGACUGGGUAGCGUCUGAAAUCCAGGCUUUGGGCCAUUCGGGAUGAGGGAAUGGUCAGGGUUGUCCUCCAUCUUGGAGUCACCUUCCUAAUUGAAAAUAUGUGCAAGUGCCUUUCAGACACUAACCAAGGAAGCAGUGCUGUUCUUCCAAGCAGGUUUCUUUUAAACGCCAGCAGCACACUGACCAGAGAACAGGCAGGCCAGGAUUGUGCUUCUAUGCAUUUGAGCCACUAACAUUGUUAAUUUCCUAGCUCACUUUAAAGAACUUGUUCCUUUGAAGGUUCCUGACAGAAUCAAAAAUGCCUUUUGUUCAUUGAAAAGUUUUGAAAAUUUCUUAAAGCUUUUAGUUCGAGACAGAAAAAUUCUAAUUACUUAUGGAAAACAUGUAUGUGAUUCAUUGACAUUUUUAAAGCAGUAUUCUUUUGGGUCAGUGAGAUAGCUCAGUGGGUAAAGAUACUUGUAAUGCAAGCCUGAUGACCUGAGUUUGAUUCUGAGAACCAACAUAAAGGUGGUGCAUGCUCCAUCCUCAUAUCAUACAUACAAUAAUAAUAAAAUUCUGAAGAAAAAACCCCAAA